GUUAGGAAUCUCACCAUUUACUGUCUUUAUUAAAAUGGUAUCCUUCAACACUUUCUCUAAGCUCUGUGUAGUGGUGGCAUUGGGACUGUCUGCCAUUGCCACUUCUACUGAGGUAGCCCAGGAACAGCCCAAGAAGGAAUCGUUCGUUAGCAGAUUCUUCGGUAAGAAUGAGAAAUCUGCCACUAAAUCUCAUGACGUAUCCGAACCGACGAAAAUUGACACUCAAAAACACAGCGAUACAGGUCAUCCCAAGUACGACGUAGAAUGGUAUCUGUUACCCAAACCGGAAAAUAGAGCUGCACUACGUGGUAUUUUGUCAUGGUUUAUGGCCAGAGACGUUCCAGAAGACUGUAAUGUACCAAUAUCGCCUAAGUUGGAAAAACGUAUUAGGGAACAUUUCUCGUGGAUUGAGCAAAAGACAGUAAUUCACUCUUCUUCUGCAGAUAGUAAUUCCAUCAAUGUCGGCAAUCCUAUGAAAAAGUCAAUCGUCAACGGACCCUCUGGUAAGAAAGAAGAACCUACAACCGAAUCUCAUGACAUAUCGCAACCAACAAAUACUGACACCCAAGAAAACAUUAAUGAAGAAGAACCACCCAUGUACUCUGUGGAAUGGCAUUUGUUACCCAAACCGGAAAAUAGAGCUGCAAUACGUGUUUUUAUGCCACGUUAUUUGGCUGAAGAUGUUCCAAAAGACUGUUCUGUACCAGUAUCGCCUAAGUUGGAAAAACGUAUUAGGGAACAUUUUUCGUUGCAUGGCAUCGAGUGGUUUAUGUUGCCCAAGCCGCAAAAUCGAGCUGCCUUAUGUAAAGCGUUACCAAGCGAUCUGGCAGAAAUGGUUCCAGAGGACUGUAAUGAGCCAAUAAUGACUAUAGUACAGAGGCAAAUUAUUUGGUUUUUUUCGUUUUAUGCUGUUGAAUGGUAUCUGUUACCCGAGCCAGAAAGCAGAGCUGCCCUACGUUUUAUGUUGCCAUCUAAUUUGGCUGCCAUGGUUCCAGAAGACUGUGAUGAACCCAUAGAUCCCGCACUUGAAAAACGUAUUGUAAAAUAUUUCACAUUGAAUGGUUUAAAUCCAAAAUUAUGGAGUCGAUUGUCAUGUGGUUUCCAUUGGUAAAUGUCUAUGCUUGGAUUAACUUAAUGAAAACGGGGUUAUCAUAAUUUGGUAGUAAAUAAACAUCUAUACAUAACAUC